GCACCCGUCCCCAAAGUCCAAAUCCUCAACGUCGACGAGCUCGUCCAUAACUCCACGGAUGUCCUGGGAUUUACCCCAUUCCCAUCUGAGGACGAUGUGGGCGAGCUAGAUAAGCGCUUUAUUAUUGGUGUCGACGACCGUCACCUCUGGAACGACCCCAACUACCCCUUUAUCGCCGUGGGCCGGCUGCUGUUUGCCAACGGCGUCUUUUGCUCCGGCGCCAUGAUUGGCCCCCGUAUCGUUCUCACGGCCAGGCAUUGCCAUGUCGACGGCACCCCAGGCGUUUUCGCCCCGGGAUACGAUAACGGUAAUCGCUACGGCGAGGCGCAGCUCACUAACGUCCUGUUUACUACCGGCCAAGAACCCAACUCUGCCUGUGAUACCAAGGGUGACUGGGCUAUAUAUGCCCUCGACCAGCGCCUCGGCGACCGAGUUGGAUACUUUGGUGCCAAGUUACCCGACCAUAGCAUGCUCGACCAGCCUAAAUUCUACCAUAUCGGCUACCCCGGCGACAAGGACGGCGGCCGCCGGCCGUAUCGUCAGACCGAUAUCACCAUCCACUCAAAGCCUCGCACGUUCGACUGUGACUCGACUGGCCCCAUCUGGACCAAUACUGAUACAAUGGGCGGCCAGUCCGGUGGUCCUCUCUGGGAGCUUGAUGAGAAUAGUAACCGCUGGAUCUGGGGCACCCUGUCCGUCGGUGUACAGAGUUCUACUGAGACUUACUCGGGAUUUGCUUCUGGAAACAACAUGGUUGAUGGUAUUAUUUACAUGCGCAACCAGUUCCCUUAG